AAUUUGCACUUUCAUCGAAAGAAUUCCAACUUUUGGUCAUUCGAACUUUGGACACAUGCUGUGAGACAGUCAAGAUGACCAAUGUGAAGGAGACACUCCUAGCAGUCGGCAUUGUUGUUCCAGUAAUCUUCCUUCACCUGUUGCUCGCACCAUACACCAAGGUUGAAGAAUCAUUCAAUACCCAAGCUAUUCACGACAUCAUAUAUCAUGGCAUUCCAUAUUCGGAUGCUUCAGGAUUUUUCGAACUUAAAUACGAUCACACAUCUUACCCUGGCUCUGUUCCACGGACUUUUGUAGGCGCAUUAGUGACCGCUGGCAUCACGAGACCUUGGGUUUCGUUCGUCAAAACAUCGGCAGAUGUUCAGACGUUAGCAAGAGCUGCUAUUGGAUUAUACAACGGUUUAGCCAUUGUCGCCUUCAAGGCCGCUGUGGACGCAUCGUUUGGACGACUUGCUGGGAUAUGGUAUUUGCUACUACAAGCUAGUCAGUUUCAUGUGGUGUACUAUGCCUCGAGACCUUUGCCAAAUAUGUUUGCGUUCGGAAUGAGCACUAUCGCCCUUCGCUCCCUACUUCUUGGGUACUCAACCCUAGAUCGAUCGGCUGCUUCCAAACAGUACAGGCUUUGUUUGUAUCUGUUGACCGUUGCUGGAAUUAUCUUCAGAGCCGAACUUGCAGUUCUCCUCACGACUGUCACCUUAUAUCUAAUUACUCGGAAAUCGAUCUCCAUAAAGGAUGUCAUCCUGCCAGCAGGUAUUGCAGGAGUAACGAUGGGUCUCUUGGUGACGGUAGCUGUAGACUCAUUCUUUUGGCAGCAAAGUCCGAUUUGGCCCGAGCUAGCGGGAUUCAUCUUCAACACCAUUCAAGGGCAUUCCUCUGAAUGGGGCGUCUCGCCUUGGUGGUUCUACUUUGGCAAUUCCCUUCCCAAGAUUUUACUGAAUCCAUUCACUUUCUUGGUUCUGAUUCCUUUGGCAUUGCUGAACCCGGCUCUGAGGCCACGAAGUCUCGACAUCUUGCUUCCUCCGACGGCUUUCGUUGCCAUUUACAGCGUGUUACCCCAUAAGGAGUGGCGAUUCAUCAUAUACAUCGUCCCUCUGCUGACGACUAUUGCAUCAGCUGGAGCCUCCUGGAUUUGGAUACGGCGCUCAAAGACACUUAUCAAUCGACUUCUUGCUCUUGCCAUGAUCAGCAGCGUCGUUUUGUCUUUUGUAGGCUCGACUGCAAUGUUAACGAUCUCGAGCUGGAACUACCCAGGAGCAAUAGCUAUCACCAGACUCCAUGGAUUGGUAGGGAGUGAGAACGCCAUUAUUCGAGUCCACCUGGACAAUCUUUCGUGUCAGACUGGCGUUUCUCGUUUUCUCCAGAAGCGUACUGGGAUCGAAAAUCGUGCGAUUGAAUCGUCCCUCUCCAAAAUCCAGAGCCAAACUGUGUGGGUGUACGAUAAAACUGGUGAUGAAGCUACACUUCUAAAUCCUUCAUUUUGGAACCAAUUUGAUUAUGCUCUAGUCGAACGUCCAGAGAAAACUAUUGGGAAGUGGGAAGUUUUAGAUACCAUAGAUGGGUUUUCCGGUGUUCGGAUUGUGAAGCCGGGGGCUCACCUAUUGCGGAGAGAAUGUGCACCAUCCAGUCUCCUCUGUCAACCUUUACGGUCUGCUGAGAGUUUUGUUAGGGAAAAAAUUACCAAGGGAUGGUGGAUGGAUUUCAGCAUGGAGCCGAAAAUCCAUAUACUUAAGAAGCAAAUAGACCAGAGCUAACUCAGUG